GAUGAACAGCGGCGUUCUCUCAGUAAAGAUGUGGCUCUGUGUGUUUCUCCUCUACUCUGUGCUGCAGGAAUCUUCAGGCUGCACUGUAGAGCGAGGUUUGGGAGACACCAUCACCAGAUCUGCUGGAGAUUCUGUGGAGCUGCCGUGCUCCUGCACACAACAAACAAAGGUUGAUCCUCAGACAGUUCAGUGGGGAUUUAAGAGAAAGUUCACACCAGGCGACUACAGAGCUGAUCACUCAGUGUUUCCAGAGGACAGCAGUCAGAAUCCACGCUACAGAGGCAGAGUUCAGAUACUGAAUCAGAAUAAACCAGGAACUGUAGCUCUAAUCAUCUCCCACCUCACUGAGGAAGAUGAAGGAGCGUAUCUGUGUGGGAACAACGGGAAAUAUAACAGAGCCGUCUUUCUCCAAGUCUCCACAGGCUGUACUGUGCUGAGUGACAGUGAGAGAACGUUCUCCAGAUCUCCAGGAGAGUCUGUUCUACUGCCCUGUCCCUGUCCCCCAGACCAACACAGGAUCAACCCUGACAGAGUCACAUGGACUAAAGAUCAGACUGCAGUGUCUAAUGAUACAGAAUCCUACAGAGGCAGAGUCUGGAUGUUCGACCAAAAGCAUUCCAGAAAUUUCUCUCUCCUCAUCUCAGAUCUGACUAAAGAGGACUCUGGAGUCUACACCUGCAGAGCUGAUGAGAAGGACGAGCAAUCUGUCCGGCUGGAUGUCACAGGUCAGUCGGUCAAAUCAUCAUACAGUUUCAGUACUGACCGCACUGCACCAGCGUAACUGACUCAGCACCCAAUCU